AUGGCGAGUUGGAAAAAGCGUGAGAUGGAUGCUUCAGCAACUGAAUUAGAGCAACUGCCAGAACCACUGAAAUACACUUCGACGCAUCACCAAAAGGAUCUGCGGGAGACCGACACGAAUGUCGCUAAGCAUUACAUCGACCAGGUGUUCAUCUUAAAGCUGCUGAACCUGUUCGACUCGGAGGACCCUCGCGAGCGGGCCUAUUUGAAGACUAUUCUGCACCGGAUUUACACGAGAUUCAUGGUUCGCCGGCUGUUCAUCCGCGAAGCGAUUUACGACAUAUUUCACCAGUUUAUCAAAUCAGAGCGGCAUAACGGCAUCGCGGAGCUGCUGGAUACUUUAGGGGGGAUUAUUAGAGGAUUUGUGCUGCCGCUUAAGGAGGAACGUAUACAAAUUCUAGACCGAGCGCUGGUUCCGCUGCACAAGCUUGAGUGUGUGUGGAUGUACCACCAGCAGCUGUCGUACUGCAUCACUCAGUUUGUGGAAAAAGACCCGAAGCUCGCGGAUUUGGUGCUGCGUGGAUUGCUGAAGUUCUGGCCCUUAACUAACUGUCAGAAUGAGCUGUUAUUCCUCGAGGAGUUGGAGAAGAUUUUGAAGCUCACGCAGGGGCCCGAGUUUCAGAUGGUCGCGACGCCGCUGUUCCAGCAGAUCGCGCGCUGCCUCAGCUCCCCACACUUCCAGAACUAUUUUGUCUCUCUUCCACCUUCCUCCCCUCUCAAACCCCAUUUCCCUUUCCCCUCAUGCAGGUGGCGAAGCGCAUGCUGCUUUGUCAUGCUCAUGGAACCGAAAGAAUAUGUCUCUCCCUCCACCCUUCUCCCUCCCCUUCCCCCCCAUCUUCAGGUGGUGGAGCGCACACUGCGCCUGUGGGACAACGACUACAUCGUGGCGCUCGUGGCGCAGAAUCGCACCACCAUCUUGCCACUCAUCUUUGCUGCUCUCAUGCGCAACGCCAAAAGCCACCAGAAUCAGGUAUAA